AUGUCUUUACCAACCCUCCCAACUGAAUUACUCUUAUGUAUCGUCACCCACCUCCUCCCAUCUGUACAAGACCUGGAUUCUCUAGCCAAAGCAUCUAAAAUCCUGUACACAAUCAUUAACCCCAUUCUCUACCAUCACCAAAUCUUUCAUCAUGAUAGCUCAGCCUUAAUAUGGGCCGCCAAACACGGCAAAUCAGACCCCUGCAACCGCCUGCUGCAAGAAGGCGCCAACCCCAACACCCAAGAUCCGCAGCACAGAACGCCCCUUUCAUGGGCAGCUGGAAACGGUCACAAAGAGGUCUCUUCAAUUCUUCUAUGCUCAGAAAAGAUAGAUCCGAAUGCGCCCGACGUGCAUCUCCAAACUCCUCUUGUCUGGGCGGCAGGGAACGGCCUGCCUUCUGCUUUCAUGGGGCGGAAUUCGCCUUUCACGAGGCGGAAUUCGCCCAGGCCAACAACGGAUGCCGUGCAUUCAAAGGCGGGCGAUUACCUCGCUAUCGUGAAACUGUUACUAUCGACGAAAGACAUCCAGCCUGAUUGCCGGACCCAGCGCGGGGAAACACCCCUUACGGUUGCCGCUGCAGCGGGAGCAGAAGAUGUAGUAGAGGAGUUGCUUCGCACGGGGAAGGUAGACGCAAACUCAAUGGAUCAGUUCGGGCAAACGCCGCUCCUGGCAGCAGCCGGAAAUGGGCAUCUAGGGAUCGUCAAGCGCCUCCUGGCAAUUGAAGGCGUGGACGCGGACCCCAGAUUCCAGAGAGGAGAGAGCCCUCUCCUGGCCGCCGCGAGGAACGGACACGUGGGGAUCGUGAAAUUGCUUCUUGCUAUCCCUACCGUGGACCCAGACCGUCAGCCUAGUUUUGGAGACCGGGCUCUGUUAACUGCCGCUGCUGCUGGGUACACGGAUGUUGUGGAGGCGCUUCUUGCUAACGAGAAGGUUGAUCCGAGCUUGCCGAAUAAAUACGGAGUUACGGCACUCAUGGGGGCUGCGCAACAUGGACGGACGCAUAUUAUGCGGUUGCUGCUUGCGAAGGGGGUCGAACCGGAUGGGAAGGACAGCGAGGGUAGUACGCCGCUUAUGCUCGCUGCUGAGAGGGGACAUGUCGAGGCAGUUGAGCUUUUGCUUUCUACUGGUCGGGUGCAGGCUGAUUUCGACUUGACAAAGAGGAAUAUGUCGUCUGCUUUUGCACCGUCGAAGUUGAAUGAGGAUGUUGUUAGGGUGUUGGAUGAUUAUAAGAGCCGGCGUCGAGGUGGCUCCUCGUUGGAUUCUUAA